AUGUAUAACGCGGAGAUGGCUGGCGAGCAAAUUGGCAGCGUGUGCCUUGCGGAGGUCGUCGCAGUAGAACAGUCCGCGGCGGGGUCGGGCUUCCUGGCCGACGUGGACGUCUUGAGACGCGAACUGGGCCUCGCCGGUCAGGCCUUCGAGGUGGUCGCGAGCGCCUGCCGCAUGAUCGGCGUGCCGGCGGAGGGCGGUCUCGUCGCGCAGGCGGCCGCGUGCCGCGCGGCGCUGGUCGGCGGGCCGCGCGCAAACCCGUCGGACGACGCAUUUGUCACGGAGCCGAACUACACAGCGUAUACGGGCAAGGCAUUGCACGCGCCGGCGGCGGCCCAGAUGGAUCGGGGCUUCCCCAUCGCCGGGCGCGAGGGGCCGCUGCGCCUGACGCUCGCGUCGCACCCCGGCCAAGCGCUCACGUUGGAAGGCGAUUGCUGUUGUCCGUUUCCGCCGCCGGUCUUCGUCUGCUGCUGUUCCGGCGUCAGGCUAGGGGACGAGCAUCGCGCGAUGCAAGUCGUCUACAAUCCGUUCCGCGGGCAGCUCCUCCGCCCCGAGGCCUGCAACCAGCGCAUACACAACUCGUGGGAAAAUUUCGUGCCCAACAAUGAAGUGAAUUCCUUCCACUGCGGCUGCUUCGACUGCGACCAUCAUGAAUCCUGGACCCUCUACUCGGACGGGACGAUUCACUCGAAAUAUCAUCCGGAGCUGGUGCUCGGCGCCCGCGACGACGGCAAGCUCUGCCUCGUCCGCCAGGAAGACCAGCGGAGGCGCCUCGCUCUUCUGCGGCGGACGAGGCAGAGCUUGCGCGCGGGGCUCCGUCGACGAGUUCUGGGACGCGCUCAUGAAGUUCGUCGACGGCCAGAAGGGCGCGACGGGCGCGGAGGGCUUCCUGCUCGAGGCCCUGCGCGCGUCGACGGACUACCGCCAGUUCGCCGUGACGAUGCGCCAGAUGCGGCGCGACCGGUCGGGGAAGUAAAAACUUGUAGUGUUGGGCUGCCCCCAGUCCCAGCUUGACCGGUGCGGCUGCCAGGGAGAGCUAGUACUAGAAGUACUACAAGUACGCCGGGCCCGCGCGGCCGCGCCCCCGCGUGUUAGCUCGGAGGCGGCCGCGGAGCUGUGCGACGCGCUCGCGCAAUCGGAGAGGCGUUGCCGGAGGCGUUCUUCCGUACUUCUCCCGCGGUGUUAUCCCGAAAAACCCGCGUAAGUGCAUUUAGCAAAAGCUCUCCUUUUUUUUCAAAUAAGUGUUGUGCGUUGGGCGUCUAGCGUCAACGCUCAAACACAGAGCAUUCGUGUGCAGUCUCCGAGUGCAGUCUCACGACAGAGGCCUAAAAAAGAAUAGCAAAAGUUGCAACUUUUUGGCAAAAGCCAGCCCUCUGUCGCGUUUUUCGUCUCAUUUUGCGGCAAGCACCGGCGUCUCGACCGCAUGGCUUCGGCCACAUUGCCAGCAGUCACCCCUUUCACAACUCUCGUGUCUGGUCGAAGCCAUCCUUCAUAUUGACGUCGCGGCGACCUCGCGAGCGCGAACGACGAACGGUACGCGACACGCGAAUAUCCUACGAGACGGAGCUACGGCGCGCGGAGAGGGACGGAUGAGAACAAAGGAUGACCCCUACGAUCUUCUCUUCAAACAUUCUUAUUACAUUGGGUCGCACCGCGCAGGCGACCGCCCCCGUUCAUCCUCUGAACGCACGACUCCCGCGUCUCCUUUAGCUCCUGCGCACGUCCCCGUACGCGGCGGUCGUCCGGCACGCCGUCGAUCGUCGACCGGUCUCGGGAAGGUGCUCUCUUAAUUUGAAGGCACCGCCGCGUCUCGUCGCGCACGUUCAGUCACCUCCCACGCAGGCCGCCGCCCGUGGCCGUGCCGCCGUCGCUAAAGCCCUCGUCCCACACGUCGAGGCAGCAGCCAAGUCGCUGCCGACGCGCCGAGCUCGCCGUCGACGCCAGCGCGGGAAUCUUUACCUUCGCCGGCCCUUCUUCUGGUGGUGCACGGUCGCGCCCUUAUAUAUACGUACAAGCGCGUUCCGGGCACGCCGUCCGUCGCAACACUUUGCCCCGCCGACUGCGUCCUGGCCGCGCUCUAGUGGUUAGGACGCGUCUCCGCGGCGCGCUCGUAUCGUUGAUCUCCACACAGGCCGCCGCCCGUGGCCGUGCCGCCGUCGCUAAAGCCCUCGUCCCACACGUCGAGGCAGCAGCUAAGUCGCUGCCGACGCGCCGAGCUCGCAGUCGACGCCAGCGCGGGAAUCUUUACCUUCGCCGGCCCUUCUUCUGGUGGUGCACGGUCGCGCCCUUAUAUAUGUGUACAAUUGCGCGUUCCCGGCACGCCGCUCGUCGGAACGCGUUGCCCACACACGGCCGCGCUCUAGCCGGGAUGUAGAGGUUCGACGCGCGCACGUCCGUCGCGCUCGAAACCUUUCUUUCGCCAAACGCAGGCCCGCCUAUACAGCCAGGCCUAUACAGCCAGUACCCAUGCCGAGACAUAGAGACCGAGUUGUGAAGGGGGCCCUGUGGUUGGGCCGCGGUGGCCGUCCGGACGGCCCACUCCACCCGGUAGUCGCACAAAAAUUAGAAGCUGCCGUCCAGAACUGCAAUGCCGUCGACGCACAAGGGCUGCGCGAUUUCUGCGACCACGCCACGCCCAAAGAAUCGCUCGCCUUGUUCGAGAAAGGCGAAAAGUACUGGAUUCAUCCGGCCGGUGACGUGCAGCUCUUCUUAAGGACGCAGGCCGCAGAAGCCCUCGGGGCUAUUAGUAAAGCCAAAGACGUGGAAGCGGCAGUGCGGGCCGUCGGCGCCAUCCAAAACGUCUUCGGCUCGCACCUCGGCGUCCACUUCUUCGAGACCGAGUCGUACGUGAAGCAGUCGAAGCUAGAAGUCCAGGAGGGCAAGGUGCUCGUGAUCGAACUGCUCUGCGCCCUGCGGAACAACAAGUUCAACAGCAUCAAGGACCCGGAGGAUUCUCUCACCGCAGCCGAGAUAUAUAAAGCGCUCACAGCUGUCGCCAAGGCGAGCGGCGUAGCGCCCCGUGUGGAAAUCAACUUUCAACGCGUCCCAGCCCGACGCGACGUCGUCCCCGUAACGCAUCUGAUCGAUGUCAUGGGCGUUCGAGCGUCUCUUGCAAUAAUUUCCAUUCCACACAGGUAAUGCCCCAGUAUAUAUUGAUCCUGGAGGCGGUCCUCGUCCCUGGUCUAGAUGGCGUCCUGGUCAUCGGCAAGGUCAAGGGCGACGUCUACGAGUACAACCCGAGCCCCAACAUCCACGCGUUCGCGCUGAACCAUCUCGAGUCCGAGCCGCGCGCCGCGCUCCUCAACAAGUGCCGGGAGGUGAACGCGGCGAUCCUCAAGCGCAUCUCGGACGACUUCGUCAUCGUCGCGUGCGGCGGCAAUGCCGAGGUCGAGCUCGGCCACACGCUAAAGCUCCUCAGCGGCGACGCGCGCCGCCGCCUCGUGGCCAAGUACAGCGUGGCCCACCCGUCCGUGCUAGCAUACUGCAAGCCGAAGCAGGUCGAGUUCGUAGCUUGGGCGGAAGUCAAAAUUUCACGACGCCUUCGUGCUGAAUCGUCGGCCUUCACGCCAUCGACGCAACGCCUGCUCGAUGGCAUGGCGGUGUAGCUACCUUACCACUCGAUGGAGCCAGCACGGUCAUCUCAUCGCCGAGAAAUGACUUCGUGAAGAAAUAUCGUGCACCCGACGCACUGGUUGAUUUCCAUACAGGUUCCUAGCCAAAUUCGCCGAAGCCGUAGACAAACUCUGCUUUGCCGACGGUAAGGGGCCGGCCGCCUUGCAGGCAUUAGCGGCCACGGGCGACGCGCCGUUGCCGGAGCCGUGGAGUGAAUGCAGGAGGGCGUCGGGGAACAAGAGCCAUGCAGGCCGCGUCUACAUCGCCGCAACAAAGGACGGCGGCCAGGUCUCCACGGGCAGCCGCAUCGAUGCGAUGAACGCCUCGUUACACAUCGAAGAGCAUCCAGACACGUCCAUCGAAGAUGCCUUGACGUUCGUCAUCAAGGAGCGCGUCGCCUUAGAUUACUUCGAGGUCGUCGGUACCCGUGUUGAAACCGCGUUGUCCCGUUUCCUAACUCACUGGUUGAUGUCCACGCAGAAGGUCCGGGUCAGCGGAGGCAUGUGGUGGCACAAGUACCCCGGCUUCCCCCCCAUUGGCAACCACAAGCACGCGGUGGCGUUCUCAGCAGCACUCGUGGCCGCGGGAAAGCUCGGCGCGCCCGCCAACGACCCGCUCGUCGCCGAGCUCUACCACGAGACGGUCGGCGUUCACCUCGAGAAGCGGGUCGCGGCGAAGGAAAUGCCCGGCCUUGUGCACACAGUCGUCAACUUGCAGCAGAACAAACACGUAUGGGCCCACGGCGACCUCGUCGCGACCAGCGAGGACCAAGCCCGGAAGUUCUCGGCAGCGCUCAAGAGCAGAGGACUCCUCGAGGCGCGCGCCGGCGACCCGCGCGUCCAGUCCACCGCGCGGAAAUAAAAGUUCACGGACACAUCUUCGCCAAGGUGCGCCCAACUCACUGGUUGAUUUCCACAGGUCCAGAAAGCGUACGACGAGGUCAUCCUCGCGCCACUCCUCGCCAAAAAGGAGCAGAGAGGGUUGAUAGUCGUCCUCCAAUCGAAUCCUCCUGCAGUAUAUAGAUGGCACCUCCCCGGAACAACUAUGUAUCUGACCAAGGAGAACGACGCCAAGGCCUUCUCGGAAGCGCUGAUCCGGGCCAAACUCGUCGACGCGCCCGCCGGCGACCGGCGUGUCAGGGAGCUGUUCAACAAGACCUUCCCGGACCUGGCCAACAAGAAAUGGGCUAACUACAUCAAGGCAGUGACAAAGGCGAAGAUAGCGGCGUCGCCGAGGCUCAUCGCGGUGGCGAAGGCCGCCGCCGCUGCCGCCGAGCGCCAGUCGCCGCAGAGCUCGCUCACUUCGUCGGACGUCGCUGCGCCUCCGCCGCGGCCGCGCGCGUCGGGCGUCGCCGCGGCGCCGUCGAUCAGUCAGCAGAAACGGAAGGCGUCGCACCCUUCUCUGCAGAACUUCUUUAGGAAGAGGACGAAGCAGCCGCCGCGCGCCGCGCCGUCGCGCGACGAGCUGGCCCGCGCCGCGGCGCCACCGUCGCGCGACGAGCUGCCGCCGGGCGCCGCCGCGUCGCCCCGCGACGAGCCGGCGGCCGCCGCCGCCGCGCGCCUCUUCGCGGCGCCGCCGUCGCGCGCCGCGCCGUCGCGCGACGAGCUGGCCCGCGCCGCGGCGCCACCGUCGCGCGACGAGCCGCCGCCGGGCGCCGCCGCGUCGCCGCGCGACGAGCCGGCGGCGGCCGCCGCCGCGCGCUUCUUCGCGGCGCAGCCGUCGCGCGCCACGCCGUCGCGCGACGAGCUGCCGCGCGCCGCGGCGCCGCCGUCGCGCGACGAGCCGCCGCCGGGCGCCGCCGCGUCGCCGCGCGACGAGCCGGCGGCGGCCGCCGCCGCGCGCUUCUUCGCGGCGCAGCCGUCGCGCGCCGCGCCGUCGCGCAACGAGCUGCCGCGCGCCGCGGCGCCGCCGUCGCGCGACGAGCCGCCGCCGGGCGCCGCCGCGCCGCCGUCGCUCGCCCAAGUGACGGUCAAAAAGCGCAGGCGCAUCGUCGAGUCCGACGACGAGGACGAGUCGCUGCAGCCGUCGCCCGAGGCGCACCCGUCCAAGAUGCGACGCGUCUCGCCGCCCACGGUCACGGACGAGGCGACGCCCGACGCCCCGGACCCGCGCGUCUCGCCGACAAUGAUGGCGGACCUCGUCCAGCUCGCCCGCGAGGACCCCGGCGCCUUUGAAGCGCUCUGCGCCGCCGUGCGGCGGAAGGCGCAAUCAUGA